AUGUCAGUUGAUUUUAGGUCGAUUGAAGAUUCUAUGUCGGAUGUAAGAAUGCAAGUUUUGCGCUCAAUCUCUUUUACACUUGAAUCAAUGGGGAAAGACAUUAAUUCGUUCCAUCUUCUUGAUGACAACAUUUGUUUUGGUGAAGACCAACUCGAAUCUAGGGAAAUCGAUGAUGAAUUGGCUAUUGAAAUUCCAGAAGAAGAUAUUGUUGCAUCAGAAGCCCUUAAUAGUAAACAACGACAUGUCUAUAAUUCAGUUUUGGGAAAGGUUUUUUCUAAUGAAGCUGCUACAUUAUUUGUCGACGGCCCUGCUGGGACGGGGAAGACAUUCCUGUACAAGGCACUUCUUGCCGCAGUAAGAUCAAGAAAAUUAGUCACACUUGCAACUGCUUCAUCUGGUGUUGCUGCAUCCAUCCUUCCUGGAGGUCGAACAGCACACUCGCACUUUAAGAUUCCACUAGAUACUGAUGAACAUAGCAUAUGUUGUGUCAGUAAACAAAGUGUCAUCGCAAAGUUACUACGUGUGGCAAGGUUAAUUAUAUGGGAUGAGACCCUUAUGUCAAGAAAACAACAUAUUCAAGGAUUAGAUAAAAUGCUACGAGACAUUAAUGAUUCAGAGUUAACAUUCGGUGGAAAAGUUGUCCUUUUUUGUGGAGAUUUUCGCCAGGUUUUACCUGUGGUUCGUAAAGGAACAAGACAAGAACAUGUUGACGCCAGUUUGGUUUCUUCUUACUUGUGGCCUACAUUGAUCAAGUUUCAUUUGACUGAAAAUAUGCGAGCAAGAUUGGAUCCAGUCUUUUCAGAAUAUGUGUUAGAAUUGGGCAACGGAAUGCCACCAAUCACAGUUGAUGAAACUAUAAAAAUUCUUGAUGGCAUGCUUGUUCCUUACGAAGAUGACUGUACUUCUUUGGAUCAUUUAAUAGAUGCUGUUUUCUAUGAUAUUCAUGAAUAUUCAAUAAAUAUUUUAGCUAUGAUGAAUCAGGCCAUAUUAACACCAAAGAACAGUUAUGUUGAUGAAAUAAAUGCAUUACUAAUUCAUAGAUUUCCUGGUGAGUUUAAGCGAUAUUAUAGUUUUGAUGAAGCAAUAGAUACAUCUGAACAGUCAAUUAUGGAAGAUUUUUUAAAUACUCUAACCCCAAAUGGACUUCCUCCUCAUAAAUUGUUACUGAAGAUAAACUGUCAUAUCAUGCUGCUUAGAAACAUUAAUCCUUCAGAAGGACUAUGCAACGAAACACGUCUAAUUUGUCGAGCUUUUGAUCAAAAUGUCAUUGAUGCAAAAAUCGCAGUUGGACAUCACAGCGGAAAAGGGUCUUUAUUCCAAGGAUCUCAUUCUUAUCAAAUGUUGAUGAAAAUAGUGGCUUCCCAUUCAAACGAACUCAGUUCCCUAUCAGAUUAA